CCAUGGCUGUCAAGCAGCAGGCGUCUCAGUUUAUGUGAAGUUGCCUCUUGUAAAGUUGUGAUUAGCAGCAAUUUAGUUUUGAUGUGAUGUCGGACAAGCGUCAGCGCGCCAGAGUCCAGGGCUCCUGGGCCAAACCGCUGCCAAAACACACAGCACCAGCCGGCACAGUUCCAAACAACCCUCAAACCAGAAAUGCCAACCAAACCUCUACUUCUUGGGAUUUGGGGCAACAGAAGACAUCUAAGACAUUUGAGUUCCAUCAGCCCACUAAGCCAAGUAGAGAUGUUCCAUCAGAGAGGGUGAUCGAACAUGCAGGCGAUUAUGAGAUCAGCCAUGUUCCGUCUGGAGUCUCCAGACUGCGGCUGCUGCCUGGGUUUCUUGCCCAAGAGGAGGCUGACUGGAUGUUCAGUAAACUCUUCGAGGAGCUUCCCUGGUCUAAGAAAACCAACUAUAGAAAGGGUGAGGCAUACGGCGAGCCCAGGCUGACCUGCUGGUAUGGAGAGUUGCCCUAUACAUAUGCUCACUCUACCAUGGAUGCCAACACACAGUGGCAUCCGUUGUUGUUAACCCUUCGUGAGGCAGUGGAGCAGGCGAGCAGUAGCAGAUUCAACUCGCUGCUGUGUAACUUGUAUCGGGACUGCCAUGACAGCAUUGGCUGGCACAGCGACGAUGAGGCCUCCUUGGGCGCCAAACCCACAAUCGCCUCGCUCAGUCUGGGGGACACCAGAGUGUUCAGCCUCCGGAAGCAACCUCCACCGGAGGACAUCGGUGACUUCACUUAUGUGGAGCGGAUUCGGGUUCCUCUGAGUCAUGGGACACUUCUGCUGAUGGAAGGAGCCACACAGGACGAUUGGCAGCAUCAAGUGGCUAAAGAGUACCAUGACCGAGGCCCGCGCAUCAACUUGACCUUCAGAACUAUUCAUCCAGAGCUGGAGGGCCACAGGCCGGGGACCAAGCUUCGCUUCACUGCCAAGCAACAGUAAACUCCCCUCAGAGUCAGGUACUUCAGGCUUAGGAGAGUGCAGAUUUCAGCUGUUUGAGCCACUCGUCACUUACUUAUAGACCAUGGUGUGAAAAACAGCUUCCUCCAACGGAAACAGGGAGAUUUGCAGCCUGGAUUCACCUGUUGCAUAAGUGAACCAUAAUAAUACCUCAGUUGUAACCAGUGGUGUUAAUCAGAUAUCAGUGCAGAGAAGCUGUGUAUGAGAAUGGGGUAUAAUCAGGACUUAAAGGCUCUGAGAGACGUCAGCACUGAAUAAUAUUUUGAUUUUAUUUAUUCUUUCAGAAGCUUAGACAGUUGUUUCUUUUCAGACUGAAACUUAAGUCGGUAUUUUGGUGGCUGUAACUCAGCAAACGGCGCUGAGCAUGGCACUUGAUGCCACAAUAACCUUUGUUGCCAUGUUCAGUUUGUGGUGGGAAGCUCCAAGGUGGCAGCGCCUGAAGUCCACAUCUUGGUAUUUAUUUGCCAUAUAAUCAUGGUUUUGGUUUUGUUUUUUCAAGCUUUAAUUUUGCCUACAGUUUUUCACAUGCCAUGAAAAUUGUCAGUAGGAAAAUACAGUGUCCAGAGUGCUCACUGUACAGCAAGUCACUGCGGAUAUGACUGUUGGUGUAAUGCUGUGUGAAAUGUAAACAGUUGUUUAUCUCAUGGAGCUUUUGGAAAGAGUGUGGCUGCUAUAAAAAGAGGAAGGAACAAGUAAAGUGGCCUCUUGGGUCAGUUCAGACAAAUAAGACAAUAAGUCAUGACACUGCUGUAACAAAUCGAACAACAAUCCCCACACAACAUAUUAGCAGUAGAUAACUACAGCAGAUUUGUAUGGGGACAUUGUUUUUUGUUAUUUGGUUCUGCUUCGCUAUAUUGACGUCUGAAAAUGCACGACUUGAAGAAGUGCAUGUCACAGGGGGAAGAUCCCACAGGAUGGAAUGUUCUGUUUAUUAUGUAACAUUAAUACAUGCAACUGUUCUCUAUUGCUGUGUUUCUGAAAUAAAUUGAAUGUGUUCUCUGUCGAAAA